UUUAUCAGUCAGACUGUCCAAAAAUGAUCUGGAAGGGAGAUAGUGCCUUAUUCAGAGACGGGGAGGGAUCCGCUGGAAACUCUAGGGAUAAUUGAAGCCUUGGAGAAAGUUGGUCCUUUAACUCACUUUAACUCACUUUCCAGCCUCAGGAUUUAGUGGGAAAAGUGAAAAAAAAAAAAAAAAAAAAAAACCUGAGAGUGAAACAGAGGUAUGUGGCAUUGUGGCCAAAAAACCAAAGGGGAGAUGCAGGAAGAACUUCCUGGGGGGAGUGGGGCUCAAAGGAAGGAUUGGUGGGAUUUGUAACAGCCAGGAAGGACCUGGGCACUUGCAUGGUAUGAUGGAAGGCAUGGAAAGUUCUUGAGUGCCACUUGGUACUUGAAGAAGAAUACGCUGGCUGCCUGUGUAUGUUAGAUUGUAUGUGUAGAGGUGGGGGCCUGAGGUAGGUCCACCAGGCAGAAGGAUACUGACACUAAAGAUGCAGCCUCUACCAGUCGCUCAAGGGGUUGGUCUCUGGGUCAUAACUUAGAAGCCACCAACCCCUGAGGUGUACAGAUGGGGAAACAGACUUAGAAAGGAGCAGGAGAACUCAGGCUUCCUACCCCCCAACCUAGCUUCUGGGCACACCAGAAGCUACGUGUUCCCUCCCUUCUCUGUAGCAUAUCCUCACCCCCUCCUAGACUACCCCAGCAGCUGCUACUGAGCACUCCUUAAGUGGAUGUGCCAUAAUCCUCUUCCCUUCAUCCCCUGUGGGGGAUGAGCUGGUGUUAGGACUAAUACAGCUGUUAAUCCUAUUUCCUUCCAAUCACGAUCCAUAAGAACAGCUGUGUGGAGGGUGUCUGGGCUCUGAACUGAGAAUGAAGGGGCCUCCACCAGAGUGGGUGUCUCAGGAGACCAGGCUAGGUCAGAGUCAUUGAUUAUGACUCAGAGGCUUCUAACUGCUAGCAGUGGUUCAAACUGCCUUGAGAGUGACUGAGCUUUCCCAUUACCAGACCUAUUGGGAGCAGGAGCCCACAAUGAUUCCAGAGUAGAGGGUAGACCAAGAUUCCUGUCUGGGGUGGAGUUCCUUACAGCUGUACAAGGCCAGAAAUCUGUGUGAACAGUUGCUGCCUCUGAAAGCUAACCAAACAGAGGGGAAAAACAAAAUAAAUAUGCUAGGGACCUAUCGCUUCCAGACAGAUGAUACCAAUCACCAUGUUUAGUCCACUGGUUCUACCGUCCUCCGGGCCCACCUCUGUCUUCCCUGGGAACUUAGAGACCUUCAGGCCAGACCCACAUCUGGGUACCUCUAUGUCUGCAGCCUUGCAUAGGACCCUGGAUCCUGGCACAGGCCUUGGAUGCUGAGCUGAAGAAGGAAGAUGAGGAGCUUUGUGCAUCGAGACCAUGGAGGUGGAGUCUGCAGAGGCCCGGUCCCCAGGUCCUGGCUACAAGCGAUCCGGCCGCCGCUACAAGUGCCUGUCUUGUACCAAGACAUUUCCAAAUGCGCCCAGGGCAGCACGCCACGCUGCCACACAUGGGCCUGUAGACUGCACAGAGGAGGUGGCAGAGGUGAAGCUGAAGCCAGAGACAGAACCUAAAGCAGAGGAUGCCAGUGGGGACAAAGUGUCAGGUGCAGCAGCUAAGCCUCGGCCUUAUGCAUGCCCGCUGUGCCCCAAGGCCUACAAAACAGCUCCAGAGCUGCGUAGUCAUGGACGCAGCCACACAGGCGAAAAGCCCUUCCCUUGCCCCGAGUGUGGCCGCCGCUUCAUGCAGCCUGUGUGUCUGCGUGUGCACCUGGCCUCACAUGCUGGUGAGCUGCCCUUCCGCUGCGCACAUUGCCCCAAAGCCUAUGGCGCACUCUCCAAGCUCAAGAUCCACCAGCGUGGUCACACGGGUGAGCGGCCCUAUACCUGCGCAGACUGUGGCAAGAGCUUUGCUGACCCUUCUGUUUUUCGCAAGCACCGGCGCACACAUGCUGGCCUGCGGCCCUAUGGCUGUGAGCGCUGUGGCAAGGCCUAUGCCGAGCUCAAGGACCUGCGCAACCAUGAGCGGUCCCACACUGGUGAGCGCCCCUUCCUCUGCUCAGAGUGCGGGAAAAGCUUCUCCCGUUCAUCCUCGCUCACGUGCCACCAGCGGAUCCAUGCGGCACAGAAGCCCUAUCGCUGCCCAGCCUGUGGCAAGGGCUUCACACAGCUCAGCUCCUACCAGAGCCAUGAGCGCACUCACUCUGGUGAAAAGCCCUUUCUGUGCCCCCGCUGCGGCCGCAUGUUCUCUGACCCCUCGAGCUUCCGGCGCCACCAACGGGCGCACGAGGGCGUGAAGCCUUACCGUUGUGAGAAGUGUGGCAAAGACUUCCGGCAGCCGGCGGAUCUGGCCAUGCACCGGAGGGUGCACACAGGUGACCGGCCGUUCAAGUGCCUGCAGUGUGACAAGACGUUCGUGGCUUCCUGGGACCUCAAACGUCACGCGUUGGUGCACUCUGGCCAGCGGCCCUUCCGUUGUGAGGAGUGUGGGCGAGCCUUCGCCGAGAGAGCCAGUCUCACUAAACACAGCCGGGUGCAUUCGGGUGAGCGCCCCUUCCAUUGUAAUGCCUGCGGAAAAUCCUUUGUGGUAUCGUCAAGCCUGAGGAAGCACGAGCGGACCCACCGAAAUAGCGAGGCCACAGGGGCUCCCCCACAACAGGAGCUGGUAGUGGGGCUAGCUCUACCUGUCAGCAUGGCAGGCGAGGGCUCAGUGGCCCCAGCAGCAGGCGCAGGGCUAGCGGAUCCUCCAGCAGGGCUGCUAGGGCUGCCCCCGGAAUCGGGCGGUGUGAUGGCCACCCAGUGGCAAGUGGUAGGCAUGACGGUGGAGCAUGUGGAGUGCCAAGAUGCUGGGGUUGGGGAGGCUCCUUCUGGUCCCUUGGAGGGGACAGGCGAGGUGGGGGGUGAGGAGGUUGAUGAGAAGCCACCACAGUUUGUGUGCCGGGAGUGCAAGGAGACGUUCUCCACUCUGACGUUGCUGCGACGGCAUGAGCGCUCACACCCAGAGCUCCGGCCCUUUCCCUGUACCCAGUGUGGCAAGAGCUUUUCAGACCGGGCUGGGCUACGCAAGCACAGCCGUACACACAGCUCUGUGCGCCCCUACACCUGCCCCCACUGUCCCAAGGCCUUCUUGAGUGCCAGUGACCUACGCAAGCAUGAACGCACCCACCCUGUGCCUAUCAGCACCCCCACACCCCUUGAGCCCCUUGUGGCUUUGCUAGGAAUGCCUGAAGAGGGGCCAGCCUGAGGCCCAUACCCCUUUGAACUUCUAGCAGCUCAGCCCCCCCAUAGGGUGCCUCCUGAACCUCCCUUGGCCCCAGCUUACUCUUUAGACUCCAGAUCCCUGCCCCCCCUCCCCCCACCCACCACUGGGUUGCCCAUUUACCUUUCCAACAAAAAGGUCUGGAGCAGUGGGGGCUGGCACCCACUGUUGAGAGACAUGGCUCUCUGAGUAACACUCAUUAAAGCAUUCGCUUUGACACUGGGUUGUCUUCUGUGUUGUGGUUGGGGGCAAGGGAGGGGGUGUGGGCAUCAGAUAAGUAAGGUUCAUUGGAGACCCCCUAGAUUGACAGAUUAGAAACUAGAAGGGUCUUUGGGUACUUUUUUGUUCUGCUUUCUUUUUUUUUUUUUUUUUUUUAAUUAUAUUUUGUUGAUUAUGCUAUUGGGUGCAUUUUUUUCAAGCUAUGUUUCCGAAUGUCUUGUGAUAGGGUUUCAUGAUCAAUUAAGUAGAGGAAAUUCCCUGUGCCUUUCUUGUGGAUUCUUGAUCAAAAGUGUUUUAAAGUCAUUUAUAAGUCCUGCAACAGACAAAUCUAUUUAGCUUUGUUUAUCCCAUACUUAUUUAAGUAUGGAGACUUUUUAUUGAGUAGUUCUACUUCUGUCCUUUUAUAGAGAAUAAACUGAGACCCAAAGUUAGUAUACAACCUCCAAAAAACUGGAAUUAUCUUCUGGAGGGCAGGCCCCUUGUGGUACAGGCUUCCCCUGCUAGGUGAGUGUUCUAGGAACCCAUCUGUAUCAGUGUGCCAGUUGGUGGUGUUGUGAGAGGCUGCCUUUAGCAUCGGUGAAAUUGUUUUUGAAGAUUCCUUCAACCCCUUUGCCCAUUUCAUGGUAGGUGAUUUGAGAGCACACCUUCCCACACACUACCCUCCCUAUUCACCUCAUUUCGCCCUAAGCAACUUUUUUUUUUGUUUCCCCGGAUGAAAAAUGUCCUCAAAGGGAAACAUUUUGCUGACAUGGAAGAGGUGAAACAAAAAACAGCAUGAGCACUAAAAGGCAUCAAAAUCAGCAUGUUCAAAAAUGUUUUGAGCAGUGGAAAAAAGGUCUCAAUAUGUGUAUUUCAUCAAAUGGAGAGCACUCUGAAGGUGACUGGAAUUUAAACAUGUAAGAAUAAAUACAAUUUUUUAUUUAAAAAAUUGGGUUUUGGGGGGUCCCCCUUAUAUUUCCUAUAUACUGCAGUAACAAACUAGAAGAUAUACUUGAAAAGGGGGUCCCAUUCACAAUAACAAAACCCACAAACUACAAAAUGUAAACCUCACAAGAAAUAUGCAGAAUUUACAUGAAGAAAAUGAUUUCUCUAUCCUGAAGAAUAUAAGACCUAGCUAAAUGGAAAGACACUAUUAAAAGCUGUUGAUUCUCCCAGCUUCAUACUUAAAUUCACUGCUACCCAAAAAGGAUUUUUUAACAGAACUUGAAAACCCAAAGUUCCUAUACAAUACAUUUUUUAAAAACAGUGGGGGCAAUGUACUUACAUACUGGGUAAUCAGACAACAAAGCACUAGAGGAAAAACAGGAUAUUUUGGCACAAAAUAAAUUAAUCAGUGGAGUCGGGGAGAGGGUUCAGAAAGAGCCCCAACCACUUGAGGGAAGUUAGUUUGUGAUAAGUAUGGUUAUUCAAAUCAGUGGGAAAGGGAUGGGCUGUUGAGUAGCUUUACAGUUAUAUCUGUACUCUGAAAGGUUACACAUCUUUUUAAGUAAUUUUUUAAAGACCAAAAUGAAAAAAUAAAAAAGGCUCACAUUAGGUGUAAAUUGGUAUGUCCUCUUGGGAAGGUGAUUUGAUUAUAUUUAUCAAGAAGUGAAAUGGACAUACCCUUUGGCUCGGUAAAUAUAACUAAAAGAACCUACACCUCAUUUUUUUCCACUUAAAUGGUAAAAUUGAAGAUAAUAUUAAUACAGCAAAAUUGGUGAUACUGGGAACACCCUAAAUGUUGAUUAGCAAAGGACUACCAUUAGCCACUAUAAAAUACAUAAUGCAGCUGUUUCAAAAAUGAGGCAUAUCAAUCUAUUGUUAAACAAUAUCCAAAAUAUAGGUCAAGUGAAAUAAAAGUCCAAAGCUGUAUGGUUAGUAUGCUCCUAUUUGGAACAUAUUAUGCAUAAGUACUCAAGUUAUUACAGAAUAUUUCUAGAAGGAUACUUAACUGAUUCUGAACUAUAAAUUCCAGCCAUUAGGGUUUUCCCCAUUUAUAAGCCAAGACAAAGCCAAAGGUCAGAAUGGACCAGAUCCUCUUUUCCAUGCCUUUUUAUUUCUAGACUUGGGGGUUACCAAGUUGGCAGAUUCAGGACAUAGGUGUGUGGCCUAUCUCCAAACCCAUGUGCCAGUCAAGAGGGCCUUGCAGCAGCUGGCCCUACACCAGGACUGAUAUACCGGGCAGCACCAGGAGCAUGAGUAGUAGGAAUUCCCUUGAUGUCAGGGGCCUAACUCAGCAUUGUCAUGCCCAGGCUUUGGAACAGGCCCUCAUUCCUGUUCUCUAUAGCAGACAAGGGGGAGCAUGCAGCAACAGCAGGCACCAGGGUAUCAUCGCUACAGGAUGAGGGUACCUGUUUGGCCAAGGAUACUCACUACCCAUCCCCAUGCCUGCAGAGCAGGACAACACUGAUGUCAGGGCUCCUGCCUGUUCAAGCUAAGACCAAAGUCUGAAAGAAGGGGUCCAAGAAAGGAGCAGACCAAACAGGUUACAACAGGGGGACUUUGGUUACUACUGACUUGAUUUGUGACCAUUAGCAAGAAAUUGAUACAGCCCUGGCUGGCGUAGCUCAGUGGAUUGAGUGCUGGUUUUGAACCAAAGGGUUAACCAGUUCAAUUCCCAGUCGGGAUACAUGCCUGGGUUGCAGACCAGGCACCCAGUGGGGGCCACGUGAGAGGCAACCACACACUGAUAUUUCUCUCCCUCUUUCUCCUUCCCUUCCCCCUCUCUAAAAAUAAGUAAAUAAAAUCUUUAAAAACAGAAAUUGAUAUAAAGAUUCCAUAUACACUAAUCAACAGAUAUACUUGGGUAUUUACAAUGAAGGAAAAAGUGAGUCCUAUGGAUGUUCAGAAGGGAGCCACAACUCCUGCUCCCUUUCUGAGCCCAGCAACCCACUCAUUCCUUCGCCUUCUCUGACACUUCAGACAACCCAUACCCCAGAGGACUCAAACAAGUUGACUUCUUAAAAAAUUAACAGCUACAUUAAGACGUACUUUGUAUACCAUACGCUUAAUACAUCUGAAGUGUACAAUUCGUUGGGUUUUAGAACACUCACAGGGUUAUGCAACCAUCACAAUCUAAUUUUAGAAUAUUUUCAUCUCCCUAAAAGAAAUUCCAUAGCCAUUAGCUGUCAACGCCUAUUGAUCUUCUCCUGCCCCCAACGCCUUUUCCUCAGCCCUAGUUAACCAUUAAUCUUAUCUGUCUCUAAGGAUUUGUCUAUUGUGGACAUUUCAUGUAGCGGUCAUGCAAUAUCUAGUCUUUUGUUACUGGCUUCUUAAUAUUCUUACCAUAACACUCUCAAGGUUUAUUCAUGUUGUAGAUUGAUUAGUAUGUCAUUCCUCUUUAUUAUCAAAUAAUAUUUCAUUUUAUGGGUAUACCAUUUUUGUUUAUCCAUUUAUUAGUGAUGGGCAUUUGGGUUUCCAUUUUUGUCUAUUGUGAAUAAUGCUAUGAACAUUCAUGUACAAGUUUUUGUGUGGACAUGUUUUUCAAUUCUCUGUGUAUAUAUCUAGGAGUGGAAAUGCUGGGUCAUAGGUAACUAUCGUUUAACCGUUUCAGGAACUGUCAGACUGUUUUUCUGAAGUGGCUGCACCAUUUUACAUUCCCGCCAACAGGGUAUGAUUGCUUGGAUUUCUCCACAUCUUCACCAAUGGUGUUGUUAUCUGUCUUUUUUAUUAUAGCCAUCCUAGUUGGUGUGAAUUUAUGGUUUUAAUUUGCAUUUCCCUGAUGACAAGUAAUAUUGAACAUCUUUUCGUGUGCUUAUUGGCUGUUGGUAUAUCAUCUUUGAGUAAAUGUCUAUUCAAGUCCUUUGCCUGUUUUUUAAUUGUGUUCUUUGACUUUUUGCUGUUGUAUAUUAAGAGUUUCAGAUACAAGUUCCUUAGGAUUUACAAGAGCUCUCUCCCAUUGUCUUUUCACUUUCUUCAUUGUGUCUUUUGAAGUGAAAAAAAUUUAAUUUUGAUGAUGUCCAAUUAUCUAUUUUUUUCUUUUGUUGCUUGUGCUUUUACAGCCAUAUCUAAGAAAUCAUUUCCUAAUCCAAGGUCAUGAAGAUGUCUUACUAUGUUUUCAUCUAAGAGUUUUAUAAACUUGCAAGUUUAAAAAUUAUAAACUAUUUUGAAUGAAGACACUUUUUUAAAAAGAUUUUAUUUAUUUACUUAUUUUAGAGAGAGAAGGGAGGGAGAAAGAGAGGAAGAGAAACAUCAAUAUGUGGUUACGUCUUGAAUGCCGCCUACUGGGGACCUGGCCUGCAACCCAGGCACGUGCCCUGACUGGGAAUCAAACUAGCAAUCCUUUGGUUCACAGGCUGGCAUUCUAAGCCACUGAGCUACACCAGCCAGGCAAAAAUUAUAAACUUUUAAAUAAACUAUAAAUGGUUUAUGACUAAAAACUCUUAGAUUUAGGUCUUUGAUCCAUUUUGAAUUAGUCUUUGUAUGUGGUUUGUGAUGGGGGGUCCGACUUUUACAUGUGGAUAUUCAGCUGUCCCUGAACCACUGGUUGAAAAGACUCUUCUUUCUCCAUUGAAUUGUCUUGACACCCAUGUUGGAAAUAAACAAACUGUAAAUAUGAGGGUUUAUUUCUGGACUCUCAAUUUAUCCUCUAGAUAUACCUGUAUAUCUUUAUUUAUGCCAGGACCACAUUGUUUCACUUAUUGCAGCUUUGUAGUAAAAUCAGGACUUGUGAGACCUUUAAUCUCAUUCUUCUAUUUCAAGAUUAUUUUUGUUUUUCUGGAUCCCUGACAUUUCAAUAUGAAUUGUAGGAUUAGCUUGUCAACAUUUGCAAAAAAAAAUGAAACAGAAAAGAAAAAGAAGAUAGCUGGGAUUUUUAUAGGGAUUGCACUGAAUCUAUAGAUUACUUUGAGGAGCAUUACUAUCUUAAUUAUAUUAAAUCUUCUGACCUAUGAACAUGGGAUGUCUUAAAAUUUAAUCUAGAUUUUUAAUUUCUCUCAACAGUGUUUUAUAGUUUUCAAUUCUUUUGUUAAAUUUAUAUCUAAGUAUUUUAUUCUCUCUUUUUUUGCUAUUUUAAAUGGAAUUGUUUUCUUUGUAUCAUUUGUGGAUUGUUCAUUGCUGGUGAUGAGAAAUACAGCAGAUUUUUGUA